AUGGAGACGUCGACCCGAUGGCUGGACGAGACGACGGCCGACGACCCGAUGGACGAGUUUAGCAGGAGGCUGAGCGACAUCGUCGGCGGUGACGCUCUGGCGGAGGUAGACGCGCAAGACGACUUCGCCGCCGGCAUCCAGUCAGAGGUUUGUUGCGUCGCGGACAGCCUGAGCGCUUUAUCGUCUCCGGAGGAAAAACUCCAGCGCCUGAUGAAGGAGCACGCCGAGCUGCUGCUGCGCGAGCGUGGCGAGCAGCGGCUGAUCCGGGACCUUCGUGACAACGUUUGCGUCAUGCGGGCCAAGCGGACCCAAUUGGAGACUUUGUGCAAAGAGGUCCAAGAUCACUACGGUGCACUCCGGGAGGAGGCGCUGCGGCGCAUCCGCCAGGACGAGGAGAAGCGCACGGAGAUGGCCAAUCGCUUCCAGACGUCGCUGACGGAAAUCCAGGAGCAGAUCGAGCAUCACAGUGCCAGAAAUCAAAAACUGUGCGAGGACAACGCCAAGUUGAGCGACAAACUGCACUCGCUGCUGGAACAGUGUCAGCGCCGGGAGGAGAGCUUGGAGAAGAUCAACAGUCACCGCGACCUUCAGCAGCAGCUAACUUCGGCCAAGUUGGAUCAAGCCAACGCGUUGCUGGCGGAGGCGCAGCAGAAGCACCAGCGCGAGAAGGAAUACCUUCUGGCCGAGGCGGUGGACAAAACCCGGAAGUGCUUCGCCAUGAAGGAGGAGGAGCUGAGCAUGAAGAAGAAGCUGGCGCUCUACUCCAAAAAGUUUGACGAGUUCCAGUCGACGUUGGCCAAGAGCAACGAAAUCUACGCACGCUUCAAGAACGAGAUGGAAAACAUGUCCGAGAAGAUGAAGAAGUUGGAGAAGGAGUCAAACGUUUGGAAACAGAGGUUCGAGAAUUGCAACAAAGCUUUGACCGACUUGCUGGAGGAGAGGAGCGAGAAGGGCAAAGAGUACGAGGUUUUCGUCCUGACUAUCCACAAGCUGGAGAAGUUGUGUCGAGCGCUUCAGGACGAGAGGAAAGUCCUGUACGCUAAAAUCAAAGACGUCCGCCGGGCCAACGCCGAGACCUCGCCCGGGACGGCCGACGUGCAGGAAGAGCGCCGAGACGUGCCGGACUCCGAAGACGACGUCGCGACGGAAGAGAUGCGGCGUCUGAGGGCCGAGCAAGUCAAACUGCAGGAGUUCGCCGACUCCCUGACGGUGUCUUGCGCCACCGAACGGGAAGUAGACCCAGAACACUUGGACGAAGACCUCGUCGCGGCCGCCUUCCGACACUUUGACAAAACUCUCCGUCCGUCGCCACGAAUACCGGAAGCGGAGGUGGAAGCGGAACCGGAAGCGGAGGUGGAAGCAGAACCGAAAGCACAAGUAGAAAAAGAAACGGAAUCAAAGUCAGAGGUCAAACCAACAGCAGAAGUCAAACCAGAAAUACACUGCAAAGCAGAAACGGAAACAAAACCGGGAGACUCAGAAGAAGUCAAAGCGGAACCUGACCUAGAAGUAGAAGCAGAAGCCGAACCCGUGGCAAAAACAAAAGUCGAGGCAGACUCAGCGGAGGUCAACGCCACGCCAGAUGAGCUCCAACGGGCAUCCGGGCCCGAAUCGGCGCCUCCGCCCCUCGGAACCCACAAGAAGGAAUCCAGGAAGAACAAGAAAAGGAAGAACGGGAACAGGAACCUGUGA